GACUGGCCAAUAGGAGGAAUCCUUCCCGACUGAUCGGAACCGGAGGUUAGCGUAUGUAUGGGAUUCUGACUGCAGCGGCUGCAUAAUACAGUAUAUUUUCCUUUGAAAGGUGGUUAACAGAGACUGUUAACGCCGACUCCAACAUUGUUCCUGUGAGACUUAAAGAGCAGAACCUGACAGACGGACUGCAGACAGCUGCUAAGCGGGAAGAAUGGCCCAGGGGAUGCCAGACUACAUCACGAUGGACCGUGCGCUGAUAGCGGACUUGGCAGAGGUGGCAAAAGAUGAAGCACUUCUGCAGGGCGUCCUCAUGAGGAUCCAAGAGGCCUCCAACUCGUCGGAGCUGGUGACGUACGCUCCGUUCACCCUCUUCCCCACGCCUGUGCCCAAGGCCGUGUUCCUCCAGGCGCUGGCGGUGCAGACGCACUACAACACGCUGGUGGACCGCAUCAGCCAGGACCCGGACUUUCUGCAAGAGGCUCUAGCCAGCACCAUUGAAGUGGACGAUUUCACUGCAAGGUUGUUCAGGAUCCACCAACAAAUCCUCAAAGAAGGAAGAGCUCAGUCCAUCGUGCUGGGUCUCAAUCGGUCCGACUACAUGCUGGACCAGGCGAAGGACGGGUCGGUGUCUCUGAAGCAGGUGGAGAUCAACACCAUCGCUGCCAGUUUUGGAGGUCUCUCAUCACGCACGGCGGAUGUUCACCGACAUGUCCUGAAGGUGGCCGGUAAACUGGAGGAGAGCCGGCGGAUCCUAGACAACGACCCCGCCUCUGGUCUGGCCCGCGCUGUAGCCAAAGCCUGGGAGCUGUACGGAUCCCACAGAGCAGCUGUCAUGUUCUUGGUGGAGGAGAGCCAGAGGAACAUCUUUGAUCAGCGGUACAUCGAGAGCCACCUGUGGAAGAGGAACAUUCCCACAAUAAGGAAGCGGUUCGACAAUGUCAGUAAAACAGGGUCCCUGGAUCAGGACAAGAAGCUGUUUGUUGACGGCCGAGAGGUUGCGGUGGUGUACUUUAGGAACGGCUACAUGCCUCAGAACUACGUUUCCGAACAGACUUGGGACGCUCGUCUCCUGAUGGAGCGCUCCGUGGCCGUGAAAUGUCCGGACAUCAGCACUCACCUGGCCGGAACCAAGAAGGUCCAGCAGGUGCUCGCCAGGCCGGGAGUCCUGGAGAGGUUCUUCCCCGACCAGCCCGGCGUAGUGGAGCAGAUCCGAGCGACGUUCGCUGGCCUCUACACUCUAGACAUGGGGUCAGAGGGAGAUAAAACCGUAGCAAUGGCUUUGGCAGCGCCGGACCAGUUUGUCCUGAAGCCUCAACGAGAAGGUGGAGGGAACAACAUCUACGGAGCGGAGAUCUGCCGUGUCCUGCAGGCAGCAGAGGGCAGCUCUGAGAGGACGGCCUACAUUCUGAUGGACAAAAUCCAGCCCGCCGCCGUGCAGAACUACCUGCUGAGACGAGACGGCCCUCUGGAGAUCAGUAACUGCCUCAGUGAGCUGGGGGUGUUUGGGACUUACGUCAGGCACGGCAAAGACAUGGUGAUGAACGAGUGCGCGGGACAUCUGCUGAGGACCAAGAGCUCCGAGCACUCUGAUGGGGGCGUGGCAGCGGGCGUGGCCGUGCUUGACAACCCUCUACUUGUCUGAGAACCCCCCCCCCCCCCCUGCAUGGGUGCCGUCACGUUUUCGUCCGGCUUCGAGCAGCGUGAUAUCGUGACACGAAGCGGACAUUCCAUCAGGAUUCCUCCGGAUGUGUUGACGUCGUCUCCGGCUCGGAGGCUGUGGCCCAUGUGGGGAUCAUGACAACCUCGUUUUUAGAUGCUGCUCCAGCAUCAUGAUCCAGACUGAAUACGAUAUUUCCAUACGGGGACCAGGACCAGUCUAUGAUGCCAUUCCAUUUAGAACUCCUCUUCCAUUUCUGACUUUCUGUUAUGGGGGGAAUUGGAUCUUAUUUUGAAGGUUUCUGAAGUUCACAGCUCGUGACAAAAUUAAACUCAAUGUUGGCAAAAAGUAGAAGAGUUAAAGAGCUGAAGUUGAAGUUCAAGCGAUUGCCUUUAUUUGAACUGUUAAUAUUACUUAAACUGUGCCAAGUGCUGCUUGUUUUUACAAUCAAGACAACAAAAAAAGAUGAUCUGCACGAUGCAGAUGGAUCCUGUGAUGGAUCCCCGGGAA